GUCUCCUAAUUUUUUGUUUUUUAACAAAAUGACAGAAAUAAAUAAUUCGGAAAACGAAGAAUUUAUUAGAGAUAACGAAAAAAAAACACGGUUACUCUUUCUUUUAUCUUUUGUGAUAUCUAAUAAAGAAUAUGCUUCGACACUUAAAUUAUUAGCUCCCGUGUUGAAAAAAUCACUUGCGAAACUUCCAACUCCUGCAGAAUUUAAGGCUGUAUCCAAUUUAAAACCACAUACUCAUAAUACACCUUUAUCAGCAACAUUUUGUCUACAUAAAGACUGUUUACCGCAAACUACACGUAGAGGCUUAUUUGCCUUUAUACAAGUGUAUGCCAUUGCUAAUGUAGUUGAAGUUGUGGUUCGUUUGCCCAAAUUGUUUAGGAGGAAAGCUAGUCUAAAUCAGAUUUUAAAGAAGGUGUCAUUAUAUUCCUCUACACGAUGUGCAUUAUCGAUUGCAUCAUACGCCAUAAUUUAUAAAAGUUUAUUUCGAUUCUUUACGCGAUUAUUUGAUCCAUUACUUCGGCCACCUCCCUCAUCCAGUUUAAUAGUUAAUGAUGUAGUUUGUUCUCCAUUGGUUCCACCCUUUUUAGCUGGAUUAUUGGCUGGUCCUACUUUACUUAUUGACAAUGUACAAUCUCGCAGGAUAUUAAUUGCUGUUUUUAUGUUAAGCAAAAGUUUACAAUACACUUAUCAUGCACUUAGGCAAAAUGGCAUUAUUCCUAGAAUGCCUUGGUGGUGGGGUUCUUGGUUAUUAUUUCCAAUUAGCUCUGCUCAAUUAAUUUAUGCCUACUUAUUACAUCCUGACAUAUUCCCCAAAAAUUACGACAAGUUUAUUACUAGUCGUAGUACAACAUACGUAAAUCCAAAACCAAGUGAUUUUUCUGAUGCAAUGCCGUGGCCAAUUGGAAGAGAAAUAGUUGAUCGUAUAGAAAUAUUGGCUUCACUUUACUAUCCUGAAUUUUAUUCAUCUAAACUUCAUGGUAGAGAUGUACCCCCACUUCCUGACAACUUAAAACCCAUUCAACCAGUAUUGGAAAUUGCUCAUCCUGCUCAUUCAAAAAUGUUGUGUGCUAUGUUACAUCACGAGGAGCCUAGCUGUUUGGUUACUUAUACGAAAUUUAUUGCAAAAGAAGGUAUUGAUGCCCUUAAGUUUAUGGGAAUAGUUUAUACCAUUUCUUUAAUUUUAAGUGGAAAAUCCAGACCUAACGGAGGUAUCACCACUAUAUUAAGCUACGCAAUACCUGAGAUAUUUAAAGGUGCUACAUUUAUUACAAUGGCAAUUGCAACUUCAUGGGCGUUAUUUUGUGGCUUUCAAAAAAUACUUCCAAACAAAUUCAUGCCUAUCUCAAGAUUUUAUCUCAAUGGAUUUAUUGGAGGGAUGUGGAUUUUAGUGGAAAAACCUAAUAGAAGAUUAGAUAUUGGGAUGUAUAGUUUGAGAUUAUCGAUUGAAACACUUUGGAAAUUGUUGGUUAAGAAGGGAAAAGUUAGGAAUAUAAGAAAUGGUGAAGCUAUUUAUUUUUCACUGGCUAUGGCAUUUAUCAUGGCUAUUCGUAAAAAUCAACCAAAGAGUAUAACUAGCCCUUAUAUUAGAUUUGCUUUAUCAAGGUUACUUGGAGAGUAGAUUUUAUUAAAGUAGAAAUUAUAAACAAUCAAUAUUUACAUUAUAAUAAUGAAAUAUUAUUGUAUAUAUAAUAGAUUCUAAUUAUCCAAUUUUAAAUUGUUCUUAAACGUUAUCAAUAUUUAACAGAAUAUAUAAAAAUAUACAGUAAUAAACUUCAGAAUACUUUAGUUAUACUGUAGCUUACUAAAAAGGUACAAAAAAUUUGUUGACUAAAAAAAUUAAACCAUGAAUGCUAUAAUUAUACUUUUAUCAAUUUGAAUUAGAAGCUCAUAUAGGGA